GUUUGCAUCUAAAUGGCCAGCACAUCAGUCACUAGUCCGACCGGAUCUGUGCGGUCGACCAGCACACAGCCCGACUACAACUCUCCAAACUUGAAAAUAGUUGUCCGGUUCCGCAACAUUGGGAACGCACCGAUUCUGAAGCAGCCUGUGUUUAAGAUUGCGACGUCUCAGAGGAUAAUUACGCUAACAAAGUUCUUGCGCGCGAAGCUCGAUUGCAAAGACAGCGACACUCUGUUUCUCUAUGUGGGCACAGCGUUUGCGCCUGCACCUGAUGAGACUCUGGGUAACCUCGCUCGGUCAUUUUGUGUGGAUAACUCGCUUGUAUUCUACUACUCUAUGGCACCUGCCUGGGGUUAAUUUUGCAAACCGCUGUGCUGUACUUCUCUCGAUAUCUCAAAUACCAUUAAAUAGCUUUUCUUACUAUCA